AUGGACGCGAAGGAUGUCAAGGCGCACGUCAGCAAUCUGGAGAAGGGAGUCAAGGAGAAGCUGCCCGCUCAGUACUUGCUGGAUAUCCUGGGCGCGCUGAAAAAGGAGGUUGUGGCCACCGAGCAGCUGUUGAGAGAUACUAAAGUCGGAAUGGCUGUUAAUAAGCUGCGCAUGAAUCCCGACAAGACCGUCUCGGAACUUGCGAAGGAGAUUGUUGCGAAGUGGAAGAAAGACGUGCAUAGCAAAACAAAGCCCGGCUCAACCUCUGACGUCAAGAAGGAGCGCAACUCAACAGCCUCUCCGACUACCGAGUUUAACCCAAGGUCUCCUCCUAAGCCGUCGGGCAAGAAGCCGGAUAGCAACAGCAAGGUGGACCCAGGCAAGAGGAACAAGACCACAGAUAAAAUCACCUGGGCGAUCACCUCCGACCAGGUCAGGAAUAAUUGUAUCGGCGCAAUGUAUGACGCUCUUGUCCAUGAGUCGGAUGCGAGCAGCGACCAUAUCUUCACUCUUGCGAAAGCUGUCGAGGUGUCGGUAUUUUCGAGUAACAAGUCCAAGACCGACCAGCCGUACCGUCGCCGCAUGCAGGUCCUGUUCCUCAACCUAAAGGACACCAAGAAUAACCUUCGCAUCCGUGUCGUGUCGGGUGAAAUCACACCUGAGCGUCUGGCGACUAUGGAGACCUCAGAAAUGGCCAGUGCUGAGCGAAGAAAACAGGAUCAGCAAAUUAUUGCCCAGAAUGAAAAGGAUUCCAUGAUGCCAAAGAGCGAGAAGAGUAUCAGUGAUCAACUUACCUGCGGAAAGUGUGGGAAGAAGAGAGUAUCGUACACACAAGCUCAGACCAGAUCCGCUGAUGAGCCGAUGACUACUUUCUGUACAUGUGAGCUCUGCGGUCACCGGUGGAAAUUCUCAUAG